AUGUGUCACAUUCUGGUGGAGUUGGAGCAUAAUGCAUUUUAUACCAUCAAGAAGUUAAACCUUGACUUGAAAAUAGUCGAUGAGAAGCGUUUGCUUCAACUAAAUGAGAUAGACGAACUUCGCUUGGAUGCUUAUGAAAAUGCCAAGAUUUACAAAGAAAAGACAAAGAGAUGGCAUGAUCAUAAGAUUGUUAAGCGUCAUUUUGAGCCAGGCCAGCAUGUGUUGUCAUUUAACUUGUGCUUAAAGCUAUUUUCGGGCAAGUUGAAAUCAAGAUGGUUGGGACCCUUUAUUAUAUCAAAUGUCGUUCCACAUGAAACAAUGGAAAUAAUAGAUGAACUAACAAAUGAAACUUUCAAGGUGAAUGGGCAACGACUAAAGCAUUAUUGGGGAGGUGACAUUGAUUGUCAACGAUUGUCCAUCAAUCUUUUUAACCCCAAAUGA